AAUGACAGUUUAUAUCUGUCAAAACUAAGUACUUGUGUUGCAUUAUUAUCAAACUUCAAAUAAAACCCGGUAAACAAACAUAAAAUUUUGCUGGAAAACUCAAUUGCAUUUUUCUGCAAUUGUUUUCAAGUAUAAAUUGGUAAUCAUGCCUCCGAUAAAAGUGAAUAACGUAGAAGCUGCCGAAGAAAGUGACGGCGAUGGAGAUAUGUCCGGAGGUGAAUCUGAACAUUCAGUAUCAAGUCGUGAUGGAGGUCGUGAUACUAGUGACGGUGAUGAAUUGGAUUCGGAUGAUAGUUCAGAAAUGGAUGAGGGAGAAUGUGCCCGUCGUCGAGCAGAAUGUAUGGAAGAUAUUAGUGAACUCGAACAUCAAUUUUCUCUGCUUCGAGAACAAUUGUAUCAGGAGCGUAUUACACAAGUUGAUACACAAUUAAUUGAAGUUAAAGGUGGUAAAAGUCAAGAGUACUUAGGACCAUUACAACGUUUAGAGGAGAAUAAAAGAACGCGUACAGAAGUUGCUGGAAUAUUGCGACAACUUCGUAUGACGAAUAUUCGUAAUAAAUCCGAAGCUGAAGAACAAGCGGCCUUACAAAAUUUAGAAAGUGAAAAAAAGUUAGCUUGGGAUUUUAUUUACGAUGACUUAAUGGAUAAAAUUCGUCGAUUAGAAGAAGAUCGUCAUAAUGUUGAACUAAGUUGGGGUGAUGGUAGCGAAUGGGGUGGUCGAUCACGUUCCCGAAAUUCGACACGCCGAAAAGCAGUAACUGUAACUGGUCCAUAUAUUGUAUAUAUGCUUAACGAACAAGAUAUUUUAGAAGAUUGGACCACAAUUCGUAAAUCAUUAAAACGAUCGCCAUCAUAACUAUUAUAGAAUAUCUCUAUUACGAUAGAGAUUCAAUAAAACGAUGUAAAUAUUGAUUGAAGACCUAAAUAAACCCAUUUGUUUUCUUGUUUCGUGAAUUUUUAACAAUUUCAGUCCGAGAUGCUCUUACAUGAUGGUUUUUCUUCUCCUAAUUUAAAAUAUAAAACACUGCCAUCUCCAUCUAUUAAGUAAAUAAUUUAUUUGAAUUGACUUGUUUUGUUUCAAAAAGUCUCGAGCCGAAU